GACCGCUUGGAUAUAGAUAGGAAAUAAUAUUGGUAAACAUCGAUCUGUCAACAGCAGAUCGACCUAACUCCCACUUUACCCGUCAGAUGGCGCACUAGAUGCACCGAAAGGGACGACAGGGUUAGCUUGUGCGACAACUAGUUCUCCCAGAAUAGGACCAAUCACGAAGCGGUUCAACUAGGGUCAAGUUCGCACAGCUGAUCGAGAACAGGGCGCCAUCGCUAAACGCAAAGUUAGUUGCAAAUUAGAUCACGGAAAGAAAGCACCAAUUUUAAAACUGCUUGAAAUUUGCUUGAAAUCUGCGUGAAUAAACAACAGUUUGUAAAAUUAUCUUUACCGUUUGCGACUCACUUAAUCGAGUGCUACACACGUAGCAACAUUUUAAAAUUGCUCAGCUCUAUUCCGUGUGAAUAUUUGAGACACGAUGAGUAAACGCGGGUUUGAUUGUGGUGGCUGCGAGCGGCAUAAUACCGUAGACGACAUGGUGCUGUGCGAUAGUUGUGAAAAGUGGUACCACUACGGAUGUGCUGGCGUCACCGCGGAAGUCAAAUUCCAGGAGUGGCGAUGUGACGUGAAAGUGGCAAAGAGCGAAGCGAGGGGAACGGGCCAGCCUAAGCCUGCGAAGGAAGCCAUCGCGAAACCGGGGAAGCCUGCUGGAAGCUGCAAAGGCAACGAGACCAAGUACGCAGCACCAAGCGAGGGCGAGACCUCGGGGCGUACAGCAUCCGCGGAAACGCUGCAGCCUACGACGUCCCAAGCUGCUAGACCACCCAGCGCGAAAUCGUCGAAAGCGCCUUCGCGCAAUUCAAGCGCGGCGUUAGAACGUCUUGCAAAAGUGCAAGAGUUAGAAAGAGAGAUGGCCGUCAAGGAGUUUGAGCUCAAAAUGGUGAGCCUGAAACUCGAGCAGGAGAAACUCCGUUUCCAGUUCGAGGAAGAAGCAGAACGCGGAUCCCACCGAUCAUUCGCGAGUAAUUCGUUGAAAACGGAGGAGUGGGUACGCGACCAACAGCAGCUGCAUCAGCAGCAGCAUGAACAGCAGCAUCAGUUGCAUCAGCAGCAACAGCAGCAACAGCAGCAUGAGCCGCUGCAUCAGCAACAACUGCAUCAGCUGCAACAGCAGCAACGGCAAUAUAACCCCGCUGCACGUACCAGUGAAGUGGUUGUACCCGCGUUAGUGGAAACAGUGACCGUCAACCCUACGACAGUGGCAGCCGUUGCGGAAACAAGAAGAAGAGGCCUUACAGAGGACCAGGUGGUGGCGAGGCAGAUCUACCCCAAAAAACUGCCCACCUUUAGAGGAUCGACGAAGGAGUGGCUCGUAUUCAUAAGCUGCAACAAAGACUCGACGGAAGCCUGCGGAUUCACGGAUCGAGAAAAUAUAAUCCGUCUCGAAGAGUGUCUGCAAGGUCCCGCACGUGACGCAGUUUUGUCUAAGCUGAACACUCCCAAAGCAGCGCCUCUAGUAAUCAAAACCCUAGAGCGCUUGUAUGGUCGACCGGCGCUGAUUGUGAAGGAGCUGCUGAACCAAGCGCGACAGUCAGAAGCUCCCAAACCAGAGCACCUGGAGUCGCUCAUCACUUAUGGGAUGGCAGUGCAGCAGUUAUGUGACCAACUGGUGACGGCGGAUCAGGAAGAUCACCUGAACAACCCCAUGCUGCUGGAAGAGUUAGCAGAAAAGCUGCCGGCGUCAAGGAGACUAGAGUGGGUACGCUACAAGAGCCGGGUUACACGACCAAAUCUAAAGGACUUUGGUGAGUUUAUCGAUCGGCUUUUAGAUGAGGCUUGUGAGGCCUGCAAAUAUGUUCCCCCAGACAAAACCCAGCAGAGACACAACUCCGGGCGACCUCCUCACACCUUCGGCCGCUAUCCGGUUAACGUACACUCACAACCAAGAGUAACAGUAAUGGGUAGCGGGUGCCCAAUAUGUAGCGACCAGCACCAUGUACGAUUUUGCGAAACCUUCAGGACAAUGACUGUGCAAUGUCGACGGCAGGCAGUAAAAGAGAAAGCUUUGUGCGAAAUUUGUCUGAACGCUCACGGAUCCAAGCGGUGCUUGUCGAGAAUCCGAUGCGACAUCGCUGGCAGCGGAGCGCGACACAAUACGCUACUACACGAAACAGUCCGACCUGAAGUAGCGCAAUGUAUGACGCAUAAUACAGUGACGAGAUCAUCAGAAUUACUAUUUCGUGUCGUGCCCGUUACGAUUUACUAUGGGCAAAAGAGCGUCGAGACCCUGGCAUUCCUCGACGAUGGAUCAUCGGUAACUUUGGUGGAAACUGAUCUGGCACGUAGCCUCGGUGUCAUCGGGAUGCCAGAGCCGCUGGAGAUGAGCUGGACUUCAGACAUAACGAGGGUGGAAUCUAGCUCGAUGCGGAUAAGCUUGGAAAUUUCGGCGAGAGGCGACAGCAGACGCUACGAGCUUUCCAACGCUCGUACCGUCCAAAAGCUAAGUUUGCCGCCUCAAGAACUCAUCUUCUCUUCACUAACCACAAACUUUGCUCACUUUCAGGGACUGUCUGUUCGGCCGUACCUGAAAGAGGAGCCGAAGUUGCUGAUCGGAUUACAACACAUCAACCUGCUGGCACCGCUGGAGACGCGAAUAGGCGGCCCUGGGGAACCAAUUGCCGUUAGGAGUCCAUUGGGCUGGGCUAUUUACGGACCCUGCAACAACAACCAGAGCAACAACACGAUGCACCACACUAAGUUGGCAUAA